UGUUUCUUAUAAUCAAGAGGAGCUUAAAGCGGUGCAGUGCUCUUACAAAAAGCAAGACAUUAUUCAAUUUGUUCAAGGUGUUCCAAAAAAUUCUAAAAGCAUAUGCGACAAAGCUUUUUGCAAGACUUCCUAAGAGCGGUACAGGAAUCGUUGCAGCAGCUACGGGUAUGGACGGACAGAUAAAGACUUCUGACAAGGAUGAAAGGUUGAUUUGCUAUAUUGUAAACUCAGCUGAAUAUUGCCACAAAACGUCUGGAGAACUGGCUGAAAGUGUGUCGAAAAUAAUUGAUUCUCAGUUAGCAGAUGGGGUGGAUAUGUCUGAAGUUCAGGAUGAAUUUUCAGCAGUUAUAACAAAAGCAUUAGUAACCUUAGUUCUUGGACUGGAAACUAAGUUUGAUGUUGAAAUGGCUGCAAUGACACGCGUGCCAUGGGGUAGCCUUGAGAGUGUGGGUGACCAAUCUGAGUAUGUUAAUGGAAUAAAUAUGAUCCUUACUAGUAGCAUUCCCGCACUUGGGAGCCUUCUUUCCCCCAUUUACUUUCAGUUCUUCUUGGAUAAGCUGGCAUCAUCUCUUGGUCCACGAUUCUAUGCCAAUAUUUUCAAAUGCAGGCACAUAUCAGAAACUGGAGCCCAACAGAUGCUAUUGGAUACGCAAGCUGUAAAAACCAUUCUUUUAGACAUACCUACACUUGCUCGACAGGCAAGAAAGAAUAUAACUAGUUAUGAAUCUGCUUAUUUACAACUGAAAGGUAGCACCAAUGUGUUUAUCCUCUUGACUGAGGACCCAAUUCAAGUUGAAGAAGGGACUGACUGGAAUAGAAAGUAA